AUGCUAUUAAAGGCUCAAGAAUUAAGUGAAAAAGGCGAGACACCCAUGAAAAAAAUUUCUGAAAUAGAUAAUAAAGUUCUGCCAGAUGCUAAUAUCGUUGUUUUUUUUGAGGUUAAUAAAGAAAAUUGGUUAGAACAUUUAAAAGCCCGUGGUCGCAAUACCGACAAUGAAGAAGUUUUUUUAAAAAACUUUGAAACACAAAAGUUUCUGCUAGAAGCAACCGACAAAUAUUGCAAAGAAAAAGGGGUAGAACUAAUAACUUUUGCCCAAGAAGAAAUUGAAUAUAAAGAUGGAAGUACUUCUAGUGAACUUGAAAUUAAAAAAGAGAAUAUUCCUGAAUUGUUUCGAGAAAGUAAAAGAUUAGAUGAGUUAGGAAUAGGCGACAAAGUCGAAGUUAUUACUAAAAGACUUAAUAAAGACGAAAAAAAAGAUGAAAAAGAUAAACAACGUUUAACUCACUUUAAAGGCACAAUAAUUGCCCAAAAAAAUAAGCAACAAAUUGGUUAUACUUUCUCAGUUUUAAAAGAGAGUGGCAAAGUAGUAGUUAAAAGUGUUUUUCUUUACCAUUCCCCACUCAUAGUAAACAUUAAGAAAUUAGGUCACAUUAAUCAGAAAGUUCGUCAGGCUAAACUUUACCACUUAGAAAGAGAAUUAGCCAAAAAGAAAG